ACGCGCCGAGUGCAUCACCCUCGAUGAGAGCGUCCUGCGAGAAACUUGACAAGUAAAUAAAUAGUGACUGACCACGAUUUUCGUGGUAACCAUCUAAUUUAUUUUUUUUCGACAAUCGCGAUAUUUCAGUUAGUGUGAUAUUUAGGGCACUUUGACCAGUGCCUGAAUUUCAGACAGCGCGUCACCGAUCCGUCAACUCCCUAUUUUCAACUGGACGUUACAAAGAAUCAAAGAUGAGCCAACCCGGAGACGUCAAGACGACGGAAAAGAGCACGGACAAAAAAGAGAUCGCUCACGAAGAGGAGGAAAGAGAGAAGAUGCUGAACGCGGAGAACACGAGGCAAGACACCCCCGAGACGCAAGAGAACGCCGAGGAGCAACGGCCGAGGAAAAAGAUACCAAUCGGGGGAAUAAAAAUGCCGGGAUUUUGCCGGACCAAGAGCAAGGAGCCCUGUAAGGACGACGAGAGCAAACCCACGGAAUCGGUGAACCUGGAAAUUCCGAAAAAGAGUACAGACUCGCAGCCGCCAACCUCUGAGAAACCCACGACUCCGGCCAAAGAGGCUAAGAAUGCCAAGGAUGCCAAGGAUGUUAAAGAGGGAAAGGAGAAGGAGGGACGUCGUGGUAUACUCGACGCCAUACGGCUUCCGCUGGUGUCUGUGUUUCCGCGGAAGAAAAACAAUGAAGGGUGCGACGCAGAACGUGGAAGCACCGGAGUUGCUGGCUUGGCAAGUGUCGAGACACUCGACGAGGGGGUUGCUGUUGGUGAAAAAACAGCCACGAGCAACGACGACGGCAUGGAGACGGUACGCCUUGACAAAGAUGGUACCGAGCCAGCGGCACCAUCGCCGAAACAACACGUUAUUCUAGCUUUCUUAUCGAUGGCGAGAAGGAACUUGUUUGUGACAGUUGGCACGCUGCUUAUUCUUCUCUUGAUGAUAAUAAUCUUGGGUAUCGCCUGCGCUGGUCCACGUUAUGAGCCCACUGCUCUACUGCGUGAUUCGCGAUUCAUUUCGGCUGUUACGUCCUGCGGUCCCGUCGAAGGUGUCCUGGAAGACGGUGCAUACGCUUUCCGGGGAAUACCGUAUGCCAUACCACCCGUUGACACUCGUAGAUGGUUGCCAGCAGAAAAUCUUGAGCGAAUCGAAAAUUGUUGGACGGGUACUUACGCGGCCCAUAACGCCUCGGAGAAGUGCUGGCAGUAUGAUGCCUCAGGUCGCGCCGACGGCGUCGAGGAUUGCCUAUAUUUGGACGUGUUCACUCCGGACGUGCGGUAUCAUUCUCCGUUACCUGUCGUCGUGAUGAUCGGUGCUGAAACUCUCAGUGGCACUUCACCGGGUGUGAUGCAAGCCUCGGCUAAACUUGCCAGAGACCGGGACAUAGUUUUCGUUCGACCCAACUUCAGACUGGGAAUUUUCGGAUUCCUCGCGGCCGAGCCGUUGACGCGAUCAACCCACCCACCGACAUCUGGAAAUUACGGUCUCUCUGAUGUGGUUGCGGCUUUGAACUGGGUAAAACUGAACAUCGAGCAUUUCGGGGGUAACAAGUCAUCGGUGACGUUGUGGGGUCACCGGGCUGGGGGAACCCUAGUGACGACGCUUGUCGGUUCACCGCGGACCAAGGGUCUCUUUGCUCGCGCCUGGGUGUCAAGCGGUAGUGCGAUAUUCCCAGGCAAGCCGCUAUCCGAAGCUGAACAAGUAAAUGACCAAUUUAUCAAGUCGGUGAGAUGUACGGACGCAGCCUGCCUCAGACAGAAGAGCGCCGAGGAGCUUAUGAAUGCUGUACCCACGACCUGGUACCUUACCGACACGAAACUUCCUGAGCCACGAGAAACCACGAUGGAGCGUAGGCACGAGUGGCUCGUCCUGGACAACGUGAUCCUGCGUGAGCACGUUGGCCAGGCAUGGGCGGGAACGACUCUCCCAGUUAGUCUCGUUAUGGGUACAACCGCUCAGGCUGGCACCCCGGCGCAGUUCCUGGCUCCUAACGCAACCCUGAACGCGAGUGAAGCGGAGAAGAUGGUUCGUGAGUCGCUCCUAGGUACUAUGGGUCUCGCUGACGAAGCGCUACGUCGGUAUAAUCCGACUCUUGAGGGCAUUGCAACGAUGAUCUCAGACAUACGAGUGGUUUGUCCUCUUCUGACGGUCGCUCUGCAACAGUCGACCAUCCCAUUUUACGUUGUUACUCAGCCUCGCGGUGUUGCGGGACUUGCCGACGUCGACAGUGACGCGGCCGCGAUUCUGGGUACCUACGCAGCUAGAACAUCCGAAGAGAAGAGACACGUCACGGCGAUGCAGCAGUUUUUCAAUCACUAUGUAUGGCACGGGGAGGUCGCCCAGGCCACUUCCAAUCUCAAAUCAAGCAAAACUUUCGUUGUCGGUCAAGAUGUCCUCCCAGUACAGAGUUAUCAAAAUUGUGAUUUUUGGAUAAGCAAAGACAUUGUCCCGAGAUACGCGAGGGCCGAUUAAAUAGGUCUAUAAUCCACAGAUACUCACUGAAAUCUUUUGGAUAAAUUUACCCGUAACAUAGAUACGUUAGUUUACAUUUCCUUGCUAUUGAUGAUUGCAAGGCUGAUUGAUUUCACUUAUUAUUAAGUAAGGGUUACCCUGCAAAUGUACCUAUAAGAAGUAAGAGCCGUAGAAGCUUGCCAAAUUUGUUGACAUUUGUUGUAACAACGAUAUAACAUACCUAUACAUACCAUAAUCCAACAAAAAAAAUUGGAACAAAUUAAAUAUGCAAGUAUACCGUGAUGAAAUACAUAUUUUUACUAUUCUGAAACAUAAUUAAGAACAGGAAGAUCGCGUCUGAUUUUACAGAUGCGGAAAAUGUAUUUUAUUACGGCUUCCUCCCAUAUAUAAUUUUUUUCGAUUUAUUUUUAAAAAAACCUAGUCUCAAAGUGAAUAACUUUUACAAUUUUUAAUAUUUUUGGUUCAUAAUGGGUGUGUACGUCAGUGUACAACAUUCUGAAAAUUAAAGUGUCAGAUUAUUGAUACCCAAUUUUUCAUCAAAGUAGAAAGUCAACGAGCCCCAAGUUACUUUUUCUUUUUUUUUUUUGGGUUAUUUGGUUGGGCAAAUAAUAUUUAUAGUUCCGAGUAAAUUUGGCAAGCUUCUAUGGCCAUUACUUUUUACAGGUACAUUUGAAGAGUAAGCCCCUUUCAUAAAGUGUUUCUGUACCAGUGGACAGUGUGACACUUGUUAGCAAUAGUUCAUGAACAAAAUUACCUGUGUGGGUAAACUAAUCGAAUUUGCGAAUGAACAAGGUGAGUUAAAUCACUUGGUAUAUAAUCCUACUUGCGCUUUAUUUAUAUGGUAAUUAAUUUAAUAACCUCGUGCAGUAUAAAAUUAUCUACCUAAGCAGGGGUAAUUUGACAUAUCCAAGGAGCGCAAUGGGGCGUUCUGCUAACUACAUGCAUAAAAUUGCUAAAUACUCAGAGAUUAUUUCUCUUUUCUAUUAUCAUUAUCGUUAUUUAUUGAAAAAAAACGCGUUUUCUUAAUUUCCUUUUCACUUGGUGUAAGUAAACCCUGUCAGUGAGGGACGAUAUUGUCAUAAAAUUGGCGCGUGUACUAUAACUCACGAGUCAUGCAAUGUCGCGGUAAGACCAUGAGUAAUAAGUGUCAAUGUGUAAAUGUCAAUGAAAUUGUAAUAUAUUAUGUCAUUAGGGUGAAGACAGCGUAACUUAGGGCGACAGUAUAAGUGACAAUGACAUUGGUUAUUAUAUUAUUGUGAGGAUUAAGGGUAGGUAGGCAGGUACCAGAGUGGGACAACCGUGGGUUGUUGUUGAUUGUCCAUUUCAAAUAAAUGUAUCAACUGCUUUACCGACACACAUGCAGCCGGCUUUAUAUUCAAAGGGCGGUUCGGUAAGUGCGUUGCAGCUAUAGUUUGAUUUACAUAAAUUUGGUGCGACCAAACAUCAAGUAUGAACGAGCAUUCAGAGAUAAUGCCCUCUAGAGUUUGUAUGUAGGUUCGGUCAGGUCAGAAUGGUAGUACAUAUCUGUGUGAAGAAUUGUACAAGCGCUCGAAAGUAGGAUGACUGAGAGAAUAGUCUGAUGAUGAGGUUUGAACCGAGGUUGGUCUAUUACCAUUUCCGAUGAAGAUAAUUAUAUAUUACCGUAUGGUAUAACCUUAUGGUCAACUUGUUCAAAUAUUAAGUAUCUGCUAGUGUACAGAUGGCCUAUUUAGUUUUGGGUUCUUGGGUAAUUUGAAAAUUUUUUUGAAAAAUACCAUGCUGAAACUAUUAAACUUGACUUUUGAUGAACUUAAAAUACGCAGCAAUCCUCAUCUUCUCGGUAUGACUUCACUUUUUGUGAUGUCAGGUCCGACUUUACUAAAUAGACAAACUGUACUUGGUGCACAGUUUUUGAAAAGUAGCUUUUUUACUUAAAUUGUUGAUCCGAAUUUUUUAUAUACGCAUGGGAAGGCAUUUGUAUUUUCAGCGGUAUAUCGUAGUCUACUUCAAACUUCAAGUGGCUAGAAAUAAAUAACCUUACAAUAUAAAAUACUCAACCAUGGAUGAGAAGUACCCGUAAGUUGCAUAGUCUUAUUUUAAGGUGUAUCAAUUUUGACGUACAAGUUUUACAUGACUGAUAUGGUGGCGUGAGGUUUAAUGGUCAUCUCUCUUAAAUUUUUCUCAACCUUGUAUAUUAAUAGUCUUUGUGUCAGACAAUUUUUCCAACAAUGGGCAAUUCAUUAAAUUGUUGCCAAUAUAAAAUGUGUGCAUAGUUGUUCUCGUUCAAAAACGCAUUACUCUGUCGUUAAUCACGCCAAAUGAUGAAAUUUUUUUUUGCCCAUUUUCAAUAAAUUCAAUCACAAACGAAGAAACAAAGUAGAUGAUACUAAAAACAGACGAUUGUUUGAAAAUAUUUAAAACAUGGCUCCAGGUGCUCAAAAAUUUUCAAUACUGGUGACAUGUAUUUCAAAGUAAACGAAAUAAUGUUCAUGAGGUGACUGACGAAUGACAAGUAGCAUGAGGUCUCUUCAAAUUGACUCAAUAAUUGCCAAAUUUUGUAGUUUUUCUACAUGUGUGGGCCAAUUAAGAUAUACAUGUGUGUAUAUAUAUAAGCACUAAAUUAGCAGUAGUAUAUACACACACAUACAUACGCAGAGACACACACACCCGUUUUAGUAUAUAUAUAUGAAACAGAGUUUUUAUGAAACUCGAAGACUUGCUAAUUUUUAACGCGUUUUGAGUCCAUUUUAUAAGUUUUUUUUUUACUAUAUAUAAGUACGUAUUGAUUUUACACAAAAGUAUACAUCAUCGUUCUAUCUGUAGCAAUCUUGCAUUGCACUGCAAUGUGAAGUACUCUAGAUGUAUUUUUCAAUAAAUUAGGUCCAUGAACAAUAACUUCAAAUAAAUGAAAUGUGAUAUACUGAUAUUUCAAAUGCAACUUUAUACAUGUAACAUAAUGUUCAAACUAUCCAAACACAUUUCUUUUCGAAAAUGCUUUUGAUCACGCAAGUUGGAAAUUGUUCCAUCGUAAAUGAAUAGCUCUGAAGCUGAUAUUAUUGACUGAUAUUGCGUUUUUCAAAUUAACAUAUAACGAUGGUAAAACAUGUAUUGUAUACAUGUCGCACGCCAACUUUAUAACGAUAGAUUUAAAUUAUUACAUAGGUAUAUAUUUCAGUACUGUAUCUGAUGUACCAAUAAUAAACAGUGAGACUUCAAAACCCAAAUUGUAAAUUGAAUUCGUUAAUAAAUUCGAUAGUAAUGUGGGCGAAAAAAUCUGUUCAAAAGAUUAAUUGUUAAAUUACGUUUAGUUCGAGGAAUGAAAAGUGCAACAAAAUUCAAGAUUUUUCUUUUAUUAUGAAUAGUACACAGAUGGUGAUCGUAUGUGCAAGGUUUGAGUAUCCCUUUAGCUGUUAAUCUGUAAAAUGAACACAAAGAGUACGACUAAUUAGUUUGAGUUAAGUGUCCCCUGGUAAAAGCACUUCAUUUGCGCAAUCAGAAAGGAACGAUCAGCAUUUGAAGAGUUGUAAGCACUUCUCAGUCCGCCCGUUCACAUAAUCAUCAUUUAAUGUGAGAAGUUUUCAUGUCGAGAAUAUCUGACAAUUUGCUUACAAUUUGUUAA